GUCGAUUGCCACUGUUGCUUUCAGGAUUGUACACCCAGGUAGCACCAUGAGAUUCACCAAGAUGCUAGAAAAGGCGGCUACGGCUGUCACCACCAGUAAGAAGAGGAACUUCAAGUCGCUGGCUCUUUCGGUUUAUUUCAAGCAGCCAGACCUUGGAAUGAAGGAUUACGAAAUUCUGAGCCGGGCUUCCGCCUUUUUGUUGGGUAUCGAUCCACCGGAACGCAAACCCGAGGGACCGUAUGGUCAUCUAGAAAUAUUGGAAGAAAGAAGGAAAACGCGCGAGUUUCAGCAUCGAAAGAAGUUUACACCGGCUGGUGGGGAAGGGCGCGAGAUCAUGGACCUGAGCUGGUUGGAGUUUGUGCCGCGCGAAGUGCGGCCACAAGUCCAUAUUGUUGCUUCCAGUCACGUGCUCUCGCCGUUUCUCUGGAAAGACUACUAUCCACAGGACUGGUUGACGCAAGUACGCCAAGAGCAUUGUACCUAUGCUUUAGAAGUCUUCGAUUCCGAAAAUCCGAAUGAAUCGUUGGCGAAGAUCGGGCUCGAUUCUACUCCGUUCCAUCAUCCCGAAGGGCGGGAUAUCUCUGUUAUACAUUUUAAAGAAGAAGAAUCUUCCUUAAAGACGCUGAAAAAUCUUGGGGUAAAAAUUCAAUACCUUCGAAGUCCCGAAAAAAUGUAUGAAAAAGGAGAAACGAUGUACUUUGAUGGAUAUGUUGUCUCCGAGCCGAAUACCGCCGAUGACCAACAGUAUGGCUCCAAGCCUGUAAAUCACGGCAACACCAACGACAAAAUCGAAGAUUUGCGCGUGUUUUAUCCACACAAAGAAAUCGGAAAGCUAUCAUUCCAUACGAACGAUCGGUUCUUUGCGACAACGCCCGAGCCCUUACCGGAAGGUCUUUGCGGAGCUCCGGUGUUAGACAGCGAUGGCGAGUUGUGCGGAACCGUUGAAGGUAUUGUCCCCGUUGAUCACAAGGAUGAACGCCUGGCGGGAAGUGCUGCAUUCAUUCCAUCGUAUGUACUGGCCUCAUUUGUCGACUAUGUUGAGCGCGGCUUGCUGCAGCUCAUAAUGCCUGAAGACUUGUUUCAGAUGGCUGUGACCGCCAAGAAAACGAACUCGAUCGGAGGUGGUCUCUUCAAAGCCGACAAGGAUGGUAAUUAUACCAAAGAAACGAAUUGGGAAGAAGCGCAUGAUCGAGCACUGAAGGCGUUGAAGAAACGGUACACCCAAAAAGAAGUGGAUGCUAUUUUAGACACCGUUGCAGAAGAAAGCAAGGAAGUCUUGGAAAUCAUGGAUAGAGAGGGAGGCGAUAUGGACGAGAUAGUGCAGCGUGUCCGUGCUAAAACUAUGCAGAUACGUGCGAUGGUAAGAGAUCAGUAUGAGAAGAAACAGUCCGCUGAAAGUAUGAGAGAGGAGAAAGUUUAGGCAUCCGCGAUAACUCGAAUCAGAAACCGACCACCAAUCCAAACCAUUUUACUUAUUAUAAAAUCAACGUAGUCAUUU